CACGUGCGACAUAGCGCACCUCAUUCUAAUCCAUCAUCUACACAGCUAUUUCCACGAUCCCGCCCAAACUAAAUUUACGCGACCGAGCUUAAGCAAAAUAGUUCUUGGGACGUUGGACCGCAAGUCCUGUUCGUCGCAUCGGCCAGCGGACCUUGCAGCACUGCCAACUCCUUUGUGCCAGCUGUGCGUGACCGGGGCCCGGGCCCAGCUUCCGCUGCAGCAACACCCCGGCCUUCGCUCCGUUGGGACGCGGUUUGCUAACGCAGCCGGAGUUCCGCUGCACAUUGCCGUGUGGUCACUCAGCUCCUGCAGCAGGGGGCCAGCGUGCCAGGUGUUGGUCUACAGCGGCGCUGUUGGCGGCUGGAACGGACUGGAAGGCUGCCCCAUCGCUUCUGAGCGACAGCCAUGACGGAAUACCACACCGUGUACAAGGGGCCAGAGGGCGAGACGACGCAAUGGGAUGACAUCCAGCGGAAAAUGGGCAACCUGCCGCCCAAGGCGCCUGUGUGGAAGCCGGACAAAUACGCGCCGGAGGUGGAGGAGGCGCGGGACGCGGCCUGGGUGGAGGGGCGGGACGCGGGCGAGCUGCGCGAGGCGGAGGACGCCUUUGACGACGACCGCUUCCUGGAGGAGUACAGGCAGAAGCGCAUCCACGAGCUACAGGUGGCGGCGGCCCGGCCGCGCUUCGGAACCUGCGAGCUCAUCCGCGGCAACGAGUUUGUUGAGAAGGUCACCAACGCGGGCCCGGACGUGUGGGUGGUCCUGCACCUGUUCAAGGACGGGCACGCGGGCUGUGGGCUGCUGCAGACGUGCCUGGACGAGCUGGCAGGCAAGUACCCCUCCACCAAGUUCCUGCGCAUCGUGUCCACGGACGCCAUCCCAAACUACCCCGACGCCAACCUGCCCACGCUGCUUGUAUACAACGACACCAAGUGCCUGCAGAACGCGGUGGGCAUGAACCACUACGGCGGAGCCAAGCGCAUCACGCCGGAGCAGGUGGCCAUGGUGCUCAACAGCUGGGGCCCGAUGUGCCUCAGUGCGGACCAGGACGAGGAGCGCGCGCAGCAGGCGCAGAUCCGGGCGCUGGUCGCACGCAUGGUGGACAAGAAGGCGGAGGGGGGGCGGGACGAGGAGGAUGAGAGCUCCGAUUUCGACGACUGAGGAGUGACAGGGAGUGAGAAGGAGAGCAGCGGUAUUGAAGCCGUACUUGAUUGAGUGUUGCACGGGUUGUGGGAGGGUUGUGGCAGGGUUGCGGGAGGGUUGUGGGCGUGGCUAGACAACUGCUCUCGCCGACAGCUCGGGUAGCGUGGAGAGCACUGGGGGGUGGUGGGCGGCAUUAUGUGUGCAGCUGAGUUUGGGGAUGGGGUUGAGCCAGGAUGGCAGUGUGAUGCUGUGAGCAUUGUGUGUACCGUACAGGUAAGGAUCGGCGUGUGGCAAGUGGUGUGGAGGGCGUGCUGCCAGACGCGGCCCCGGUUCGCGGACAGAGGCGGUGCGGUUGCAAGCAAUGUGGCCGCGCAGAAUAUUUGCAUGGGGAGCAGGGGUCCGCGGCCGCGGGGUUACUGUGGGCAGUUAUCCAGGCGGCAGGCGCAGGAUGAGCGGUCGUGGAUCGUGGGCGGGCAGGCACACAGACAGAGUGUUUCGCGCGGUGCAGGCGGCGCUGUGUUAAAUUAACGAAAUGAAAGCCCGGCGGCGGUGUGUGUGUGUGUGUGUGUGGGUGUGGGUGUGUGCUUGCAGUGCCGCGUGCACUCGCUCGCCUGUGGGUGCCAGUGGGCGAGGGCUGGAUAGCGGAGUGGCAAUGACUCCUCGAGUAACUUUCUCGAAGGGGCUGCACUGGCCCUGCUGUGAUUAAGAGAGGUUCGCGAUGGACGCCUCGGGCCGCGGCCUCUUUUGUAACGUGC